AAGGAGACCAAGGCGGAAGCUUCAGGCGGCGGUGGCAGCAGCUGCUGCAACAAGGGUCACAGAUUUUAAAGGCAACUAGAGAAGAGCGUACAUCUACAAAGUCAUCAUUAUUUAGAAGGUCUUUUGACUUUGAAUCAGGUCUAAUGUAAGAUAAGUUUUCUGAAGCAGUGAUAAUCUUAAGACAACAUCCAGAGACAAGUAAUCAUGAACACCAAAGAUUUUGUAGUUAUUCCCUGGGGGAAACCUGGAAAUUCUGUAAAACUAAAAUAUAAGAAACAUGCUCAGGAACUUCAAAUGGAGAAAAUUCAGCUAGAACUAGAGAACCAAAGAAUGGAAGAGACAUUACGAGAAUUCCAAUCCAUACAGAACAAGGGAAAGGAAGAAAUCAAGUCAGGUGGAUAUCACUGGAAAUCUGGAAGUGUGGGCAAAUUUGGCAACAAGUCACAUAUAAAGUCACAAAGUAAAGGGAAUGCUACUAAGCUCCCUGCUGGAAAUGUGAAAUUAAAGUUACUAAAGGAACAGAUUGAAGCACCAGCAAAACAACUCGUUAAUUACAAAAUGGCUCAUUCUUUUGGAAAUGAAAAACCCAAGGUUAAAAAGAAAGUUUGUGGACAGUGUGAGAACAAAGCUGCUCUCCUUGUAUGCCUGGAAUGUGGUGAAGAUUAUUGCUCAGGAUGCUUUGCUAAAAUGCACCAGAAGGGGGCACUAAAGUUCCAUAGAACAACUCUUUUACAGGCAAAGUCUCAAAUCUUAUCCAAUGUGCUAGAUGUUGCUCAUCAGUUUAUAAAAGAAGCAAAUCCACCCAAUGAAGUGAUUACUUCCACAGAAGCAUCCACUAAAAGUCAGCAGAAACCCAAAGCUCCACUUCUUCAGGAGAAGAUCUCUGAGGUAGAAACUACAGCAGCAAAAGGGGGAGAAGGUACAAAUCCAAAGUACAAGCCCUUGUGUGAAAUGCCUUUUGAUGAAGAAGCUUCUGCCAAGUCCUUUCAGGAAGCCUUAACUCAGUGGCGAGCUGGACAACAGGAGGAAAACAAGCAACAGGACAUACAUGCAACAAAACCAGACUCAGUGGAAGAAUGUGAAGUACAAACUAAUUUGAAAAUUUGGUCUGAACCAAUUAACAUAGAAUUUACAGAAGACAGUCUGUCCUACAUGGAAAAAUUAUGGCUUAAAAAACACAGAAGAACUCCACAGGAGCAACUUCAGAGCUUACUACCAAGUAUGACCCCACAUCCCUCUGAAGGUACUAUGGAGGAACAAUGGUCUCAAAAUGAAAGUGAUGCUGAUAGUGAUGUUGAAGAGAUUAAAGUACAAUACCCACCUCUUUUUAUGCCAGUAGAAAAAGUGAAUAUAAAGAGACCUCCACCAUCACUAACAAUAGUAGAACUGGAUAGUAGUCAUGAAGCAGAACUUGAAGAACCAGGGGAUGCCGUGCCUUACAGAGUUCAAUUAGCUAAUGCAGAGAGUCAAGUAAGUUCUACAUUUCCCGAUUAUCAGAAUUGUUUCCCACGUGAAAAUAGCAUCCAUCAACAUCUUGUUUUCAAUAAGGGAAAAUCAGACCUCUUAAGUCUUUGUUUGAGAACUCACUCUACAUACCACAAAGAUGAAUUAAAAGCAGCAUCUUCAAAUACAGAUUUUGGCAAUACUAUGGAGUCUGAUAUCUAUUCGCAUGAAUUCAAACAAGUAGGAGAAACCAGCUCUUUGAAACAAAAUGUAACAGAAAAAAAUAAAGACCCAGGAAACAACCAAAAUUCUGGUGAUUCCAGCAUGCCAUUUUGGAGCAAGGUUUCCUUGCCAACUGCAGAUUUUGAUACAUAUUUCCUGGAGGAGAAUUCAUCUCAAGAUACCAGCAUAUCCUUGGAAUGCAGCAAUCCAAAUGAGAGACCAAACUUGGAAGAUUCAAAAAUUACAAAGUCACCUCUGCUGUUACAAGAUAUAGCCCUCAGAAAAAAACCAGUAAAUGAACGGUAUCAAGGUCUUGAGAAGUUCUUUACCCUUCAUAAGAAUGAAAGACUCCGCUCCACUCCUUCACCAAGCCUAAGAGGCAGCCAUUCCUGUUCCAGGAUAACAUUCACAGAAGACAAAGUGUGGAUCCCAGGCAGCAGCUUAAGUGAGCAUGCUGUUAGUGUAGUUGCCUUGUGCAAUCUGCAGAGUGCUGGAAAUUCACUUCCAAAUAUGCAACAGCAAAAGACAGGCCAGAAAUCACAGAGACCUUCAACAGCAAACUUUCCUGUGUCCAGCUGGGCUCAUAAAGAUUCCAGCUGCCCUUUGUCCUCUUGUCCUCGAUCAAUGAGUGUAGCAGCUGCUCAUUCUCUAUCCAGAGCUGCUUCUGAAAUCUCAGAAAUUGAGUACAUUGAUGUCACUGACCAGAACCAGCCACUGUUAGAUAACACUGCAGAUCAACAAGCUUUAGACAGUUUGGAGAACGAACUGAAAGUGCUGAGAAAACUUUCAGAGCCUUCAGAAAAACUUCAGAGUCUAUCCUCAGAAGAGUUACAGGCCUUCACCCACCAUUCUUUGAAUGUCAGUCAGAUGUCUGAAGAUCUCCUUGAGGUGUCUUGUGAUAGUGAUCCCAGUGAAAUAGAGAUCAGCUCUUCUGGAAGAAAUACUGAAAUGCAGUCUUUGCUAUCACUUGGUGAUUAUAGUACUGAUGAGGAAGAGGAAGAUUUUCUUGAAAGGCAACAUGUCAUUACAUUACCAUGGACGAAGAAUGUGUAGCAGUUCAUUGCUUCUCCAUUUUGUACCUAGA